UCCCAUAGACCUGAAGGCCUGAUUACUAGUGGAUGACAGCGGUACAUUAAAUUAAUACAUAGUAUGAAUGCCAUAUAUAAAGACCUUACUAGGGGAUGGGACUUCUUUGGCUUCUAUCAAACUGGGAUGCCAUUCAUUGGUCCUCUGUCAAACUGAAAGCUGUCAGAUAAGAAACAUAAGAAAAAGUAAACAUUUUAACUUGGAAGAGAUAAGAUUAAAGCGCGUGAAUUCUUAACAAGAGCCAAAGGAUCCUUCAAGCUAAAGAAACAGAUUAUGGAAGAAAGUGCAACUUGCCAAAGCCCGCCAAAAGUUCGGACUAAAAUGCAGAGCGGAUUCUUGCCUGGAACAGCCCCGCAGAGAGGAUGAUGGCAACAGCAGCUACAAGGAAAUGGAUUUCCAUGCCAAGGAGGCCUUCCCAGCAUCCAUAAGGCAACAAGGCACCUGACCGGCUCUUUGGUCAAUGAGUCACCAGUCAAUUAAAAGGGCAAAAGUCUCGUUUGUUUAAGAGCUGGGCCAAAAGGAAGUGGAUGAAGCAAUUUAUUCUAUUGACAUGUGCUGCGAGAUCUAUUUCCCUAAGUCAGCACUGAAAAAAACUUGUCCAAACUGGUACUGCAGCAGCAGAACAGAAACAGUAUCAAAACAGCCAAUCGGCUUCAUGUGCUUCAUUUUCCAGUUAACACACACACAGCAAACCAUGACAUGGAGAUGCACCCAAUGGCAGUAACUGCUCAGACAAUUUGCUUCCCUUUUGUGACAACCCGCAAAUCCUUUGCCACCUGCCCAAUGAAAGGGCCGGCUCAUUGAAAGCUGUAACUUUUCUUGAGGAUAGAUCGGGGGUCUCCAAGCUUUCUUCCGCUUUCCUUCUUGCGGGAAUUCUUCUGCCGAUUGUCUUAGGAAUCCAGAACCCAUUGACCUCACAAUGAGGUCACAAAAGCCGCCAUGGUCUUGCAAGGCCAUUUCAUCCUGGAUUCUCCUUCAGACGCCAUGGAUUCUCCAGGAGGCAGCCAGGAAAACGGGAUUCGGGUGCCGGAGGAGGAGGCGGCGGCGGAAGACGGGGAGCCAAAGAUGACCGAGUCUGGGGAUCCAGAAACUGACCUGUUUUGGAUGUAUGGAUGUCCGCAGGGAACAGAGGGCCACUUCCCAAACGGACGGAGCUUUGAGACAAUGCGCGGCGAGGCCUUUGCCAGAGCUGCGUCUUCUGGAGAUGCGCUGGUUUACUACGCCGAGGGACUCACGCAGGACACCUUCAAAAUCUGCAAGGAGUUCCUGCGUCCCUUCAAGAAGUGUCUCCGGAAAUUGAAUUUGCCCAAGGAUUUUCCCAAGGAGAAGCGACUGAGCUGCACCCGGAAGAACCUUCUCAUCCUGGGAGACCACAUCAACAAGUUCCUCCAGGACUAUUGCGAAAAGUGGGAGCUGAAACACUGGAAAAAGAUGCUGUGGAGGUUCGUCUCCCUCUUCUCAUCCCUCGACGAGAAGCAACUGUGCAAACUGUACCAAUAUGGCAAGACGGGCCAAACGGCCAAGUUUCUGAAGGCUUAUGGUGACUUGGAAGGCUCCAGCCAGGUUGCGGUCCCUGAAAACGGCCGCCUGAUGAGGCUGCGCGAUACUUGGGGUCUCCGCGGGGCCACAGAGAGGCCAGAGGACCUGGGCCCCCAUUCAUUGCCACCAAACGACGAGAAACCCACCAGGAGCAGUCCCAAGGAGAGGCUGGAGAAGGCUUCCUCCAGAACUAGGAAGAAGGCCAAUGUUGACAUGCCUCAUGAGGAUCCAACUGCAUCUCCCAGCGUCCUGUGCAGUGAAGGAGCAGCGUUGUUUUCAGUGUCCGAAGAAGCUCUUCUGACCUCCGAUAUGUGAAGCAGUCACCCAAUGAUGCAGGACCUCAUGUCAACGCCAGACUCUAUGGAUGUUUUUAGUUAGACGUCUGUGAAUACCUACCUGCAGCUGACCAUAUAAAAAACACAUUUUCCAAGA